AUGGCCGUGCCGCGGGAGCCGCCCGCCGCCCCGGCGCUGCCGCCCGCCGCCGCCGCCCCGUCGUUCGGCGCGGCCCGCGCGCUGGUGGCGCGGCGCUACUCGUGCCUGGUGGCGGCGCCGCACCGGCGGCACGUGGCGCUGCCCCCGCGCUUCCUGGGCCGCAAGCGCUCCGGCAUCCGCGCGCAGCUGGACGCGGAGCUCCUGCGCUACUCGGAGAGCCUGCAGGGUGUGCCGGUGGCUUACGACAACAUCAAAGUGGUGGGGGAGCUCGGCGACAUCUACGACGACCAAGGAUUCAUCCACCUGGACGUCGAGGCGGACUUCAUCAUCUUCAGCCCCAAGAAGGGGAAGAAGCUGGUGGGCGUAAUUAAUAAAGUGGCCCCUAGUCACAUUGGCUGCCUGAUACAUGGAUGCUUCAAUGCAUCCAUCCCGAAGCCUGAACAAAUGUCCAUUGUACAGUGGCAAGAGCUGGGGUUAAAAAUAGGGGAUGAACUGAAAUUUCAAGUGUUGCACUUGGAUUCUGAUACAGCUGGGGUGUUCUUCAUUCGAGGAGGACUCACUAAAAGCAGCAUGCGGCCCAAAAAAUCUGAUGCAGUCACUGAAAGUACAAAUGGGGAUGAAAUUCAAAAGCUUGACCACCAGGAAAAUGGCCUGAAUAACUGUGGGGAAGAUAAUGUCACAGAAGAGCCUUUAAAAGAGACAGGUAGCCUUGGGAGGGAAAAUGAAGAAGAGCCAAGUGUUGAUGCUGUGAAUGGAUUAUGUGAUGAUAAAAAGAAGAAGAAAAAGAAAAAGGACAAGGACAAGCAAGGAGAACAGGAACUUGUAUUGCCUGCCAGUGACUCCAGUGGUUACCAGAGUGGCCAUAAAAAGUCAAAGAAAAAGAAAAGAAAGCAUUGUGAUGAAGUUGAAGAAAGUGAAUUAUCUCAGCUGUCAGAAAAACCCAAAGCAAAAAAGAAAAGGACUAAGGUCUGAAGGUUUCCUGCAUUAGAUUUCAGACGGUUUUGAUAAGUUUCAAUAAAACCCUGUUUUGAAAAUG